AUGAAUAAAGAGAAUAACAAAAGUGCAGCUGGACUGCGCCGUUCAGCUAUAGCAGAAAGGAUACGUUUAAGAGAGGAGUGGUUGGCUCUAAAAGGAACUGACGAUGUACAAUGCAUUGCCAAUGUGAGAGACAAGCGGAGAAAUGUACUGAAGAAAGUAUCGGACAAUGUCAAGGUGGACAAUAGACGGAUGCAUGAAAUCGGAGAACAGAAAAAAAUAGGGCCUAAAAUUGGAAUGGAGAAUGCCAGAUUCGCCCGCGCGAUGGCGGCCAACGAGGUGCUCCGCGGCGUGGUGGCGCUAGUGGACAUGGGGGCGGAGUCCCGCGCCCUAGCGCUUAGGGCUGCGCUCGCCGCGCUCGGGGCUACGGUCGCGCCCACGUUCAGCCCCCUCGUCACGCACCUCGUCUGGUCCCAGGGCGGUUGCCGCGAGACGCGAGCCCGCGCGAGGGCGCUGGCGUGCCAGCUGGUGUCGCCCCUGUGGGUGGAGGGGUGCGCGGCGGGGGGGAGGCGGCUGCCAGAGGGGGCGUUCCCCGCAGCGGCGCGCGCCUCCGACCUGCCCUCGCCGCGCACACUGCGCUGGAUGCUGCACAAAGCCGACAUGGAGGGCAUACCGCUGGCGGAUUUGCUGUCGGACAGCGGUGAGCAGCGGACCGAGAGGCCCCGGCUUCGGAUCUCGAGCGAGACGGAGCGCGGCUCGAGCACGGACGCGACACCGAACACGUCGCGUGACAAGCCCGACGUGGAGACGCGCGUGAACACUGCGCCCCGCCGCGCCCUCCCCGCCACCAGCGCGUCCCCGCUUCCAGCAAAGUCUAGAAGGAAACUGUUCACACAGAAGGAGGCAGAACUGUCGAGAUCGAGCAACGAAACCGACGAGGAUCGAACCCCGGCCCGGCCGAAGCAGCUGACGCAGCGCGAGAGGCGCGACUUGGCGCGCGCAGAGCGCAUGGCGCGCAGGAUCCUCACCGCCGGCGCGAACGCGCACGCAAAAGCGCACGCAAACGCGCACGCACACGCAAACGCUACAACGGACGCGCACGCGUAUAGAUUCGUACUGACGGGAAUGUCGCGCUCGGAGCGUAUCGCCGCUCACCGCGCGAUUCGAACCUUGAACGGCCGCAUACAGAAGGAGGUCAACCGGAAAACCACUCACGUCCUACUCGGGUCGUGCCGCGAGGACUCGCUCGAAAUCAGCCCGGGGAAGAACCUAAACAGCACUCAUAUGACAAAUAAAAACAACAACGUGACAAACAGAGAACCAAACGAAAACGAAGUAGUGUAUGGUGAUAGAAGCAAAAUAAUAACUGAUACAGUGGAAAAAUCAAACAUGACUUGCUUAGAGUCGUUAGCCAGCAAAUUGAGCGUCGCGUCAACGCCAAAAAAGGCGCCAAAUACGACAAUGCACACACAUAACAUAGCACAGACAGAUACGUUGGCGGGAAAAUCAAAGAUGGCGUCAACAUCGCAUUCCAAUAUGGCGGCGAAGUUGGACGAAAGAGGCAAGACGGCGUCGCGGAGGGAUCGAACCCUGAACUCGCUGCUGGGGGCGGCUCGGGGCUGCCGCGUGCUAUUGGGCCACUGGGCCACGGACAGCGCAGCGGCGGGGCGCUGGCUGCACCACUGCGGCUACGAGGUGCCUCAUCUGCGGAAGCUUGCCCAGAGGGCGCGCGUGGAACGCAACGCGCUGGGCAGGACUCGCUCGGAAUACGCGUACGACGUGUUCGACGGUAUGCGGGUUCGAGUCUCGCCCCGCGCGGGGCAGCGGGCGGCGGCGCUGCAGCUGCUCAGGCUCUGUGGCGCCGCCGUGAGAGAUGGCGGGCAACAAGAUGGAGGCAAAAUGCCUAAUGACAGCAGAAUGCAAGAUGGCGACAUAACGCAAGACGGCGACGGAAUGCAAGAUGGCGGCAAAACGCAACGUGGCGAUGCAAUAGAACGCGGCGGCGUCCCCCAAAAUGGCGGCCAACAGCGGCGUUUGAUUCAAAACGGACGAUCAGUUGCGACGGAGGGCGAAAUAGUGGUCGGUGUGGAGGAGGGCCAAGUCGCCUCCAAGUGGGUGUUCGACAGCGUCGCUUCGGCGAGGGCCAGGAACGUGAGGCGGUACAUCAAUAGGAGUUAUCCAGAAUCUUCCACGUUUUGCGACGAGUUA